AUGUCGAAACUCGUCCACAAGCUCGCAGACAAGGUCGACAAGCUCGCAGUCCGCGCAGACCGCCUCAAAGAGUCUGUCGCCUACGCUGUCAACCCGAACCACCGCCACGAUGAGGAACACGAAAAGGCCGAGGACGAGAUGAGGAGGAGGAUCUGCGAGAGCCACAGGUUUGGGUCGUUUGCGGGCGUCAGGGAGGGGAACGCUGUCAAGUGGUACCUCAAUGGCCACGACUACUUCUACGCCCUCUCCGAGAUCCUCGACGAAGCACGCGAGACGAUCUGGAUUCUCGAUUGGUGGCUCACGCCCGAGCUGUUCCUUCGACGUCCGCCGAGCCAACACGAGGAUUUUAGGCUCGACAGGUUGCUCUUGCGGAAGGCUCAGCAGGGCGUGAAGAUCUUCAUUGUGGUCUACAAGGAGGUCACCCAGACGAUGACGAUGAGCAGCCACCACUCGAAGCACUUCCUCGAGGACCUGCACGAGAACAUCGCCGUGAUGCGGCACCCGGAUCACAUUGGAGGAGAAGUCACGCUGUACUGGUCUCACCAUGAGAAGGUCGUCGUCGUGGACAACUGCAUCGCUUGCAUCGGAGGACUCGACAUCUGCUUCGGUCGAUGGGACACCUCGUCGCACCCACUCUCCGACGUCCACCCAACCGACUUCUCCCGCACGCUUUUCGCAGGCCAAGACUACAACAACGCGCGGAUCCAAGACUUCCAAGCCGUCGACUACUGGGUCUCGAAUCAGCAGAGCAGGCUCGAGGCGCCGAGGAUGCCGUGGCAUGACGUGCACUCGAUGUUGACGGGUCCGGCGGUGUUGGAUGUUGCGCAGCACUUCGUCGAGCGGUGGAACUUCGUCAAGCACCUCAAGUACCGCCGCGACGACCGCUACCCUAUCCUCGCCUUCCCGCACAAGUUUGACCCGUCCGACGACCCUCCUCCCUCUAUCGCAGGUCACCCUCACCUUCGAAAGUUCGCCGAAAUCGGCCAGCACUUCCACAUCCACCUUCGCUCGCCCGGUCCCGAAGGGUGGUCAGAGCCUAUCGGUCCUCGUCCCGGCGCAGGAACGACGCGCGUCCAGGUCCUCCGCUCUUCCGCAGACUGGUCACACGGGAUCGUGACAGAGUCGUCCAUCCAGACGGCUUACAUCGAGUUGAUCCGCGAGUCGAGGCAUUUCGUCUUCAUCUCGAACCAGUUCUUCGUUUCGAAGGCGAGCGCGGACGACAAAGCGCCUGUUUCGAACAGGGUUGCCCAGGCGAUCGUCGAGAGGGUGUUGAGCGCCGCGAGGAGCGGGCAAAAGUUCAAGGUUGUUAUCCUCAUCCCUGCGAUCCCCGGCUUCGCAGGCGACUUGUACGGAAACAGCGGGACGCUCGCCAUCCUCGGCGCGCAGUACUACUCGAUUUGCCGCGGCGGGCACUCGAUGUUCGAGCUGAUCCAACAAGCCGGCUUCAACCCGAACGACUACAUCGAAGUGUACAACCUCCGCAGCUUCGACCGCAUCAACAACGACCCUGAGCGCAUCAAGCGCAUGGAGCAGAAGUCGGGCGUGUCGUUCCAGCAGGCUCAGGCGGCGUUGGCGAGGGUCUAUCUCGGCCCCGACGCGCUCAAAAGCGAGCUCGAGAAGAACAAGGUCGUCAAGUUCGCCGUCCCGCAAGAAGGUGGCGAAACAGCCGCUCUCGACGUCAAAGCUGCCGCGCAGAAGCCGAACCCGGUCGUCGAGAUCCCUCUCCCGCACGGUUACGACGAAGCGUGGGACAUCGUGCACCGUUUCGAGCGAGCAGACGAUGUGCGGGAGCAGAUCUCCGACUCGCUCGCGCACCAUGCGGACCACUCGGGCGGGAACAUUGCGACCGAGCCGUGGUGCGGCGACGAAGCUUCUGAGCGGAACGCGCUCAUGAUCGUCGACGACCUGCGCGUCUUGAUGGGCUCGGCUAAUAUCAACGACCGCUCGCUGCGCGGAGACCGCGACUCGGAGAUUGCGUGCGUCUACGAGGACUACGAGGACAUGAUCGAGUCGCGCAUGGAUGGCAAGCCGUUCAUGGCCUCCCGCUUCGCCGCGUCGCUCCGCCGCCAGCUCUACAAGGACCACCUCGGCCUCUCGACGCCUCAGAUCUGCCCGCCUGUCGCGCAAGAGCCCGUCACGGCAGCGAUGAGGCCGGUCGAUGUCCCUCACGAGGACACGACUGCGUCAAGGGAGGACGAGCUUGUCAUGGAUCCCCUCUCGCCCGAAACUGAGGCGCUUCUCCGCAAUACCGCCGCCAACAACGCUGCCAUCUUCAACGAGGUGUUCCACGCCGUCCCCUCGCCGGAUGUCGAGACUUGGGCGCAGUACAAAGCCUUCGUCCCGCAACACCCGAUCAAGCCCGGCCACGUCGCCUCGCUCGACAUCCCCGUCUCGGAGAUCAAGUCCAAGCUCUCGCAAGUGCGCGGACGGAUCGUCCCGAUGCCGCUCAACUUCCUCAAGGACGCCAAGGUGUUCGAGACGGACGCGUCGGUCAACCCGGUUACGAUGGCGAUCUACCUGUGA